AGAAAUGAAUAUGAAAAAAUGAUAAUCGGGGAGUAUAAUUGGAAAAUAAAGUAUGAUGAAGUAAACGAUAAAAGAGUCUCGAGCAGUCCAGCUAUAUUCCUUUCACGUUGAAAAUAAAUGCCCACUCUCCACUAGAUAAGACGAGAGCCCAGAGGAGAGAGCAACUUGCAGAUAUGACUCAUAACCAUUUUCGAGCCUUUGUAAUAAACUAUGGAAAGUGCUUGUCUGUGUGCAUAUAUAUAAAUCUCUGAUUCUGAAUAUAAUACUCCUACGCAAGUGGAGCUGGCAGCAGUGGAGUGAGUGCGAAGAAGAAGAAGUAGAAAAACGUCCAUCUUCGAUUGGAUUGCUGAAGAUUACAUUUUUCUCGAGAGAGUCAGAGAUGGGCGAGACGAGUGUCGAAGAUGCAGCGGCAGCCAAGCCCAAGCCAACAAUCGUGGUGCCGCCACGCGGCUCCAUGGUGGAGUCCCUAUUCACCAGCGGGCUGGGCGCUAUGGGCUUCAGCCCGGGCCCGAUGACCUUGGUCUCCAGCUUCUUCUCCGAUCAGGGCCCCUUUUCUUUCUCUCAGCUCUUGGCCGGCGCCAUUGCUUCCCCCAAGCUCCGCGAUUACGCCAAUGAAGAGAGCUGGGGCGAUUCCUCUGAGAACUGCAAAACUAGCGACGACGCCGGCUUCAAGCGGAACAGGCCCAUGACUCUGGUGGUGGCGCCGCCGGAGAGCUUGAGCCCUCCUUUCAUGCUGCCGCCGGGGCUGACCCCCUCUGGUUUGCUCAACUCGCCUGGCUUCCUAUCCCCACUUCAGAGCCCUUUUGGAAUGUCCCACCAACAAGCACUGGCGCACGUAACAGCUCAGGCCGCGUUUUCCCAAUCUUAUAUGCAGAUGCACGCGGAGCUUCAGCGCUCGCCUGCAGAUACCUCCACAGAAGCAUUGGUUAGCCACUCGUCCCCUUCACCGAGUGAGACCUUGACGGAGCAGAUCAAUUCAGAGCCAAGGCAGCUGGAGAGUUCUAAAAUCGAGUCUUCUGAAGUUUCUCAAUCUGAUAAAAAAGCAGCUUAUGUUACCACCGGUGAUAAGCCAGCAAGCGAUGGUUACAACUGGAGGAAAUACGGGCAGAAGCACGUCAAGGCCAGUGAGUGCCCCCGGAGCUACUAUAAAUGUACGUAUGCAAAUUGCCCCGUGAAGAAGAAGGUAGAACGGUCGCAUGAUGGCCGUGUAUCUGAGAUUGUAUAUAAAGGAGAACACAACCACCUCCCGCCCCAAUCAAAUAAACGGAAAAAGGAUACUUCUGUGGCGUUGGAUAGAGAGGUGAACAAUGUAGAUGAGAAUGUACAGGAAUUGCAGAAUGAUGAAACGGAAGAAGGCCCUGUGAUAGUAAUAGAUGACGAGAAUGAUGAUGAGCCGCUUGCUAAAAGGAGGAGCUCGGAUGAGGGGCAAUCCGUGCCGGCUUCAUCACAUCAAACUAUUACAGAAUCUAAGAUUGUCGUCCAGACAAGAAGUGAAGUUGAUCUUUUAGACGAUGGAUACAAAUGGAGAAAAUAUGGUCAGAAAGUGGUCAAAGGGAAUCCUCAUCCAAGGAGCUACUACAGGUGCACAUACGCGGGAUGCAGUGUUCGCAAACAGGUUGAGAGAUCUUCGGCAGACCCCAAAGCUGUGAUAACCUCGUACGAGGGGAAGCACAGCCACAAAAUCCCAGCUGGAAAAUACAUGAGCGGGCCUGCUGCCAAUGCUCAGAUGCAAAGGGUAACGGCUAAGGCGCCUUCGAUCAGUAGAGAAAUGGAGUUUGGGAACCAAGCUCCGAUCACUCUACUUCUGAAAGAAGAAGAGAUUGCAGUUUGAUCCCGGACCACAACGCGAUGAACAGAAUAAGAAUCACGGCGAAUCCCACUGUGUGGUGUGGGAGAGGAGUUCGUGCUGUAAGUGUUAUGGUUUCUUGUUCAAUGUUUUUCUGCUAAAAUGUGUUGUCAAUAAUGUGUUUUUUGUUUCAAGUUUAAAUCAUUGAAUGUAUAUUUACUUUCUGUAUUUUGAAUGAGCGAAUGAAAAUGCAAGCUUAGCUAUUAUAAGUUAA